AUGGCUUCCUUCGCUCGCACCGCCCUCCGCACCUCAGCUCGCCUCUCGACAACCUACAAUGCCUUCCCGAGCCAGCGCGCCUCUCCCAUCUUCAAACGCUUCCUCGCCACCCCAGUAACAGGAACAGAACAACCACGCCUACGGCUAGGUUCCGAAGCACCCAACUUCCAAGCAAAGACAACACACGGCGACAUCGAUUUCCACCAAUGGCUGGGCGGCAAAUGGGCAAUCCUCUUCUCGCACCCGGCCGAUUUCACACCCGUCUGUACCACCGAACUCGGAGCAUUCGCGCGCCUGAAGGAUGAGUUCGAAAAGAGACAAGUCAAGAUGAUCGGCUUGGUAUGUCAUCUUCACAUAGCGCUCUACCUACCUAAGGGGGGUAUAUCUCUAUGAACCAUUAAGCUGAUACAGAGUGUCGUUUCUUCGUCACAGUCGGCCAAUGAUUUGAAGAGCCAUGAUGCAUGGAUUCAAGAUAUCAAUGAGAUCUCCAAGACACAACUCCAAUUCCCCAUCAUCGCAGAUGCAGACCGAAAGGUAUGGGCUUUCCCGCCCGCAUCGUUCAGCAUAUUCCCCCUUCUGACAUUCAAAAAGGUUGCCUUCCUUUACGAUAUGGUCGACCAACAGGACCUCCAGAACGUCGACAAAAACCAAAUCGCCUUUACGAUCCGCAGCGUCUUCAUCAUUGAUCCCGCCAAGAAGAUCAGACUGACAAUGAUGUACCCGGCAUCGACAGGAAGGAAUACUUCGGAAGUCCUGCGGGUGAUUGAUAGCUUGCAGACCGGGGACAAGAAGGGCGUCACCACACCGAUCGAUUGGCAGGCUGGUGAGGAUGUCAUUGUGCCGCCCAGCGUAUCCACCGAGGCCGCCAAAGAGAAGUUCGGUAGUGUGCGAGAGGUCAAGCCAUACCUGCGAUACACGAGGAUCUGA